AGUGGAUGCUAUCCCAGUAUGUCGGCGAUCGCAAAAGACGUUGACCUUGUCUUUACAAAUGCCCAGCAGUAUAAUCUGGAAGAAAGUAUUAUCCAUCAGGACUCAAUAACUCUUAGGAAUCUCGCUAUACGCAAGGUGCAAGACUUGAUCACCACAUAUGGGGAAACGGGCUCCUCUCGCUCCCCGCGCCGAUCAUCUGCCGCCUCGUCUCCACAUUCCGCUUUACCUAGUCCUGGCGCUACUAGUCUCGUUUAUUCAGUUGGUCAGAUAACUCCUGGAUCAUCUUCUCUUGGAUACCAAGGACCUGGUACCAGUGUCGGCUCAGGACUUACUACACUUGGGGGCCAAACGACACCUCAACACAACCAACAACCCGGGAUUAUGAUUGCCAGUGGUCCGGCCACUGCCGGACAGGUCAUGUCUAUACCAGGAGCAAGUGGCUCUAUCUCUGGACCCACAGGGAUCCUAUAUUCACCAGGACAAAUUAACAGUCCGCCUAACCUUGCUGGCAUGCUGGUGACCGCCUCAGGUCAUGUGAACAAUCCAAAUGUGCCGGGCCAACACGUCGUACAGCUAGAGCCUGGACAGCUGGUCUACUCGACAAGUCAGUCGCUGCAUCCACAUGCUUAUCAUGCUCAUCAUCCUCACCAUACUGGGCUUCAGACAGCAUCUCAAUCUUCAUACAUAGGCUCGAAUGGGCAGACAUUGCCACCAGGUUCUCUCUAUGCCGUGGCUUCUGGAAACUCAGCUACUGCUGCUGAAGCCCUU